UGGAAGGGGGGCGAGGAGAGGCCGGGCCAAGCCUGAGGAGACUGAGAGGGGGGCGAGGGGCGCAGCCGGUGCUCUUGAAGGAGAGAGUGCCAUGCUCGGGGACUGGCCCUUGCGUGCAUAGCUUUUGAACAUGGAAGAAGGAGGUAGAAACGAAGAAGUAAUUGAUUUGAAUAGUUUCCGAAGCCACCGAGGGAAAGACAGGAUAAACCACAGAGACGAGGGGCUUAUUACCAUAUCAGACUCCUCAGAUGAGGAAUUGCCUGCGAUGCUGGACGUUCCUGUUCGACGGCAGUGGGAGGACGAGGAAGACGACGAUGAUGUGGUCAUCUUGAUGGAGACGGCAGCAAAACGGCUUUUGCGUCCCAAUGUAAUCAGACCACCAGCUCACUGGCAUGGCAUCAACAAGUCCGGGGAAGGAGGGUCCAAAGGCGAUGGAACCACGGGGCCUCACGAUGGGCAGAAGAUGGCCAUUUCCCCACGACUACACCCUGCUCACAGAAAUGGUGUGAAGGCGAGUGGCAAAAAACUGGCCAGGCUCGAGAGUGAGGAGGAGGUAUUGGAGCUGCCGGAGUCCCCGGAGCCCAGCAGGCCGAGGGAAGAGGGCCAGACCAUUUUGGAGCCAGGGCCCGAUGUGACUCGGAGAAAAGAGGUGAACCCUGCUGGUGAAAAGGAGGUCAUUAAUUUGGAGGAAGUGGUCCUGGUAGCUGACCAGGAAGGACGGGCCCAGAGGGAUGGGCAUUCGCAGCCGAGGCUAGUUCCAGCCAUUGAGAACGGUGUCCAGUUGAUCCAGGAGAAUGCUCAGCUGGACCACCCAUACUUCCAGCCGGCAGACAAGGAGGCCCGUGCCAUAGCUGACCGCCUUUCUCCUCAGCAAGCACAGUUGGAGGCCGAACUAGGGCCACUACCCAGGACAUACCAGGAAGAGAUCCCUGGGCCCGCCUUCCCGCGGCCCGAGCCGCAGCAGGACGGCAUCCCGGGCCCUGCCUCUCCUCGUCUUGCUCACCCGCCAGAGGAGAAGGGAGGACGCCCAGUGGCAAUAAAUGAACAGGCAGGCCCAGCAUUUCCCGCCCAAGGGUUGCUUGAGUCUGGUGGCGGUGACGUUCUCAAGCAGGCUGCUCCUUGGCUGGACAAAGACCUCACAGCUCUGCUCAUCAGGGAAACGGAAGCGAGGUUUCCAGAUAUAACCAGAGAGUACAUCGAGGAGCUAAUACAGAGCAAGAACUGCUAUGACUUGAACAUACUUUGUAAUUUUCUUCUGGAAAAUCCAGAUUAUCCAAAGAAGGAAGGCAGAGUGGUUUUAAAUCCCAAUAGUAGCCUGCUCUCCAGCCAAGAAGAGACAAAGGUGCCUAAAGUUGACUACUUUGACUUCUCCAAGCUCACCCCGCUUGACCAGCGUUGCUUCAUCCAAGCCGCCGAUCUCCUCAUGGCUGACUUCAAAAUGCUGAGCAGCCAAGACAUCAAGUGGGCACUGCACGAGCUCAAGGGACACUAUGCAAUCACGCGCAAGGCCUUUUCUGAUGCCAUCAAAAAAUGGCAGGAGCUAUCUCCUGAAACCAGUGGGAAGCGGAAGAGGAGGAAAGAAAUGAACCAGUAUUCCUACAUAGAUUUUAAAUUUGAGCAAGGAGAAAUGAAAAUCGAGAAGCGCAUGUUCUUCUUGGAGAACAAGAGGCGGCACUGGCGGAGCUAUGAACAGGUCGCCCUCCUCCCAGCAGUGCAGCUGGAACGGGAAUUUUACGAGCAGAAGGUGAAAGAAAUGGCCGAGCAUGCAGAUUUCCUCCUUGCCCUGCAGAUGAAUGAGGAGCAGUAUCAAAAAGAUGGCCAGAUGAUCGAGUGCCGGUGUUGCUAUGGGGAGUUUGCGUUUGAGGAGCUGACUCAGUGUGUGGACGGCCACUUAUUCUGCAAGGAGUGCCUGAUCAAAUAUGCUCAGGAGGCAGUCUUUGGCUCUGGCAAGUCAGAGCUCAGCUGCAUGGAAGGGAGUUGCACAUGCUCAUUUCCAACCAGCGAGUUAGAGAAGGUACUUCCUGAGAACAUCCUCCGCAAAUACUACGAGCGGAAAGCGGAGGAAGAAGUGGCAGCCGCCUGUGCGGACGAGCUAGUCAGGUGCCCUUACUGCAACUUCCCGGCUCUGCUGGACAAGGACGUGAAACGGUUCAGCUGCCCCAACCCUCGCUGCAGAAAGGAAACUUGCAGGAAGUGCCAGGGGCUGUGGAAGGAACACAUGAACCUGACCUGUGAACAGCUGGCUGAGAAGGAUGACAUCAAAUACAGAACGUCAAUAGAAGAGAAGAUGACGGCAGCCCGUAUUAGGAAGUGCCACAAAUGUGCAACCGGCCUGAUCAAGUCAGAAGGUUGCAACCGCAUGUCAUGCCGCUGUGGGGCGCAGAUGUGCUACCUCUGCCGAGCCGCCAUUAACGGGUAUGACCACUUCUGCCAGCACCCCCGGUCCCCAGGAGCCCCUUGCCAAGACUGUGCAAAGUGUUCGCUCUGGACAGACCCCACGGAAGAUGAUGAGAAGAUCAUCCAGGAAAUCCAAAAGGAGGCGGAAGAGGAGCAGAAGAGAAAGAAUGGAGAAAACAGUUUCAAGCGGAUCGGCCCUCCAGUAGAGAAGCCUGCAGAGAAAAUCCCACGUCUCGAAACUAUCCCCAGGCCGGUCCCACAGAACCUCCACCACCAGCCCCAAAUGCCCCCUUACCCCUUCGUGCACCCUCCUUUCCACCUGCCCCCUGUCCGCCCACUGUACAAUAACCUGCCCCUGAACAUUGGCCCCAUCCCUGCCCCCUACGUGCCGCCACUGCCAAACAUGCGGGUGAACUAUGACUUCCCCCAGAUGAACGUGCCGCUGGAACACAACCUCCCUAUGCACUUCGGUCCACAGCCACGGCAUCGGUUCUGAUCCGGCUCAGGGCAGCACCCCAUAUUUUGGAAGUUACUGCAGGGAAAAGCCAGCACUGGGAGGUGCCUCCCCCUGCCCCUGGUCCUGCCCUCCUCCUCUCCUCCCCCGCCCCUUUCCAGUGAACCACAGGCGCCAAACUCCCCGUUUCAACCCUUUCUACGAUCCUCUCAUCACUUGCCUUUGCUGUUCCGGUCCUUGCAGCAUGCAAACAUGCAGUGCUCAGGCAGCGCCGAUUGAAAAAAGGAGAUGUGUCUCUGAGGAUCACCUUGAUGCCGUUUUUCGUCAAGGAAAGUUCUCUGCGCAGUGAGCUAUACAGGAAUGGCACCAUUUGGCAAGGGGGAGCAAUGCUAUUAAAGACCAUGUGCCAAAUGCCUGCCACAAAAGAGCUCUGAGGGUGGAAGGGAAUUGGCACGGGGAAGGAAUUCGUUGCCAUUGGGCUGUGUGGGAUCUUUGGAACUGUAGACUGGGUGGUUGACUGACUUUAAGCUCUCCUUAGUUUUCACAGCUUGUAAUGGAUCUGCCAGCGCCCCUGCGGCAGGUAGAAAUGAGCAGAGAGGCAGCUGUCUUCUGGGGAUUUUUGAAGUGUGAGGGUGGUAAGCCCCUGCCCUGCCACCAAGGCUCUUGCUAGAGGGCUGGAACCUUCGUUCAAAAAUCCUCCUCUGCAGCCAAUACAGCCUGUUCUGUCGGUGAGUGAGUAUUCCUCAAAUAAUGUUUUUAGAAGUCUGUUCUUAAGUGCCAAACAGGUUUUUUUAAAAUCAACUCUCCCAUCAUAGCUGGAGGUGCACUGGGGUCACAGAAGGACGUCAGUGUAGGGACGAAGCGCUUGCUGUUGGUUGGUAUUGGACAGUGAUGGGGGGGUCCUUAAAUGCUAGAAUGUGGUGGGGAGGUGGACAGGACUCGUGGCAGUAGCCGUGCAGGUGUGAACACCUUUGUGUAGUGCAUAGCCCCCAUGGCUGCUUCCUGCAGCAUAGCAUUGAACAAAAUGUAGAUGAAUAAUCUACACCUAUAAGGGGGCUGUAUGCGGAGAAACUUCCUCGAAGAAGUGGUUAAAAUGUCUGGAAUCCUUGGAAGGAUAGGUAUGUGCCACAGUCAGCUUACCUGCAAGUCUCUGUUUUCUUUAGUGCUCAGGUGUGCACCUUGCAUGUCGUGGUUAUUGUUUUUUAGGCAGGUCAUACAUUCAAGAGAGCCUGCUCCUCAGGUGCACGUCUACAAUCCAAGGUGCUAAUCAGUCCCUGUGGCACUUGUGGAGUGUUCCCAACUCCAAUAAGAAAGCAACACAGCCUCUUGCACACAUAGAGCUCUCUGCACACUUAGGAUAUGAAUGGCUUGAGACACUGGAUAGCUGCACACAGAUGCACUUGCCGUAGUCAAAAUCCACAUCUGUUUCUCAAGGGCUCGUUUCAUGGUGGCAAUGGCUUGUACGGUUCUCCUGUGCCUCUGCUGACGAUACAGUGACCCUAGGAUAUGACUUGACCCUAUGCUCAACUACUGCCCAGUAUCCACUAUCAUAGCUUCCCAGAGAUGUUGCUGUUCUGGAAUAGAGCACACUGUGUGCACAUCGAGGUUCCAGGUAAGGGAGACUCAUAGCCUCAGGCUGUCAUUAGCCAAUGUGCAGGAGCUUGGUGCAUUCCAGCCUGUACUCUUAAUUUUUUUUUAAAGGCCUUGUGUCUAAGGACAACAAGCACUUAGAUUCUUCUUUGCUAGCAUCAUGGAUUUGCUAUUUUCUUCAGAGAGAUGGCUGCCUCCAGUUUUCUCUUUCUGUCAUCAAUCCAGUUGGGGAAAACCAGCCACAACCCAUUUUUGCCGGUAAGACCAAAGCUUGACCCCUCGUGGCUCAAUUUUCGCUUUGGAAGCAAUAUAGCAAAACACCUUCUCAGGGCUUCGCUGUCAGGCGGGUUUGUGAUUUUCUUGUCUUCUGUCUUCCCUGUGAUCUGGUUACGGGUCACCCUCUCAUUUGACCUGAGUGAAAAGCACUGCACCACUCUUGGGGCUUUGGAGCCAGGGACAAAGGACAAGCCAGAGAGGCUUUCUUUCUUUUCUUUUUUUUCCCAUUGAAAGAAAGAUUGGGGGGGGGGGAGUAUGGGAGCUGCCUGCUUGGGUUCUGGAGCAGGUGACGUUCAAUUCCCCUUUGGAGGUCCAGAAACCUCCUUACUUAAAAGCUGAAGAGUCCAAGAAAAUGCAGUUUCCAGAAUCUGUUAAGAUUAAAUGCAGUCCUCACCUUCCUCCAUUGUAAUAAAUAUCUGGGCUGUUUAAACAUUUUUUAGUGCCGCCCCCUCUCCUUUUCUGAUCAGUAACUAAAUGAGUUGGACCCAAGUCCUUUUUUGUGUUUGGGGGGGGGGGGCAACACCUAGAUAUAUAUCUUUUUUUUAAAAAAAAUAAGAGCUCUGUGAUGCUUGGGGUGGCCAUACUAGGCAGCGCGUUCUCACACACCGUAGCACGUGUGUCGUAACAAUGCAUAGCCCGUGGUCUCAGCGCAGAGCCAUUUCCAGUUUGUGAGAGCAGCAGGGCGUUUCCACGGUGAAACGGGGCAUCCUUUGCUGUGGGAAUCCGAGGCAGCUGGUGGUGGUGGCAGUCUUUAGAGGUUUUCUUGUAGCAGCUUACAUUUGGCAUAACUCGGUUUCAGUCUUGUUUUUGCUUCUGCUGAAGCUUAUCGUCAUUGGGAGGGGGGAAUCCAUGUCGUCGUUUCUUUCUUGAUGCAGAAUUAAGAAUGAUGCAGUUCGCUGUUGGUCGGAAAAUUUACUAAGUGAUUUUUAAAAGAGUAUUAAAAUGUGAGGCUGGCUGGAUUCAGGUUUAUAAAUCAGCACCUUAAACUAUUAGAUUCCUUGAAGUAACCAUUGUUGGCCAUGCUGAUAGCGCGGCGGGGGGCGGGGGGGGGUGUUGCUGGCUGCUUCGGUUUUUGCAUUUGUGUGUUUUGGAGGCCUGCUGAUAAGACCUUUAUUUUUUAAAAAAAUGUGUGACAACUAAAAUUGAUUUCUAAGUUAGAUGUGCAUAAAAUCUUCCCAUGGACAACGGGAGUGACUUGAGGGCCCAUUCUUGAGCAAGGAAAAGCAAUUCCCAUGUGAGAUGUGAGUGUUGCUGUCUGCCAUCUCCGCUACAUCGUUGGGCCAUUGCAGUAGCUUUUAGGGGAGCUCCUGUAGGAUAGAAGAGGUCCCCAUGUGGACAGUUGCAGGAUGUGUCUAACUCUAUGGGAUCCCCGGUCAGGAGAUAGAUGCCCGUGCCCCAUCUCCAAUCUGUAACUCUCUGGUAGGAGAGGCUCCUGGGUGGCCCCUCCAGAAAUCGCUCCCCACUUUGAAGCUUAUAUAAGUUGCUAACAAGGUAGAGUAUGGACCACAUACCAGUGCACCUGUGAACCCUGGCUGGGCCAAGGCUUUCUGUGCAUGUCCAUGGAUGAAGCCACAUCACCUGUCCAUUGCGUGUUUGCAGUGAGACACCAAUGAACCCCACAGCAAGUGCGUUGGCCUCUGCCUGACUUCCGGUGCACUGUUCAGCGUUUCGCCAUCAGUAUCUGAAUGGGCAUGCUCGCCAGCCUUGGCUCACCCUGGUCCAUAACGAAGCCUGGGUUCCUUCUCCAAAGGGUGUGUCCAUGCACCUCUGUGUAAUCCUCCAGUCACAAAAUGGAGAUCUCUCAAGGCUUUUGCAGGAAAAAAAGAGAACUUCUUUCUGCUGCUGGCAGGUGUAAAUAGGGCAUGGGGAGGACAAGGCUAGGGACGGUCUCCUUCCUCCUCCCCUCAAAAGCAUGAAGCUUGUAGGCCCCCAGAGACCCUGGCUGGCCGGGCAGUGGUUUAGGGCUGAAAGUUCGUUAUAUGUGCUCUCAGCCAGUCACCUAGCCAGUCAGCCCACAGGUCUGGGGGCUUGUUUGCAGAAGAGUGGACAUCCCUCACAAAUUGUGGGGCAGUCAUCACAAUUCUCUGUUCUGUAGGAACAACCUGCAGACCCUAGCUUCUUACCUCAACUAGGCAGACCUCUUUUCCUCUGCAAUCCCAGGGAAUCUAGGGGCCGCCUCCACCUUUCUCCCAGGAUUUUGUUUUCAUUGAGAAGAGAGGAUCCUUUCCUUUUGACCUCAACCGCCCUGACUUCAGUUGACCUCUGAUCUGUAGGCUGUGCAGUGCACCUUUUUUGGAAAUCAAGGCUUUGGUGGUAGCAUCGGAUCUUGCUGGGCUGAGUGCAUUGCAGACCACAUCUGGUGGAUACGAAAAGAACAAAAACUGAGCUACCAAGAGCAAUUGCAGGGGGUGGGAGACGUGGACCGGGCAGAGCAUUUUUAUUAAUUGUUGCCAUUGUUAAUUGGCUUCCUAUCCGGGAGGAAAGAAAGAAUGGAUCUUCCACUGUUCCUUUUUUUAAAAGUGGCAGAAACAUCCUGAACAUUUACCUACUAAACUGAUUGCCUUGGCCAGCAUCUAAACUUGCCCACUUGCGGCUGCCUCUCUCUUCCUGUGCCCACAUGAAAGUCGGUUUUUUGUUGUUUUUUUUUAAAUGAGGGCUAAUCUAAUCUAGGCCUUUGGGGCUGAAGGGCGCCAUGAUCGUUCUGGCUGUUGAGUGUGAUGAAAAAGAAACUGCAGCCUCAGUGUCUGAAUCUGUGGGUGACCCUUGUGUUAGUACCUCCCUUCUGAUGUGCAAAUAAAAAAACCCCUGAAGAGUCUGAGGUGCCAAGGCCCCCUUGUGAUGCAUCAUUUCUCUCAACGUGACCGGUGCCUCAUCUGGGUCCCCUUUUGUUUCUCUUGUCUUGCUGGUACGGGUGGGGACUCCUUCGCUCUUAACCAGUGAUAGUAAUGAUUUGCAGUUUAGCGGUGGGUGGGUGGGUAUGGCUUAAUGUUUUAGAAUAGAUGGUAAGUUCCGUGGCCUGGCUUUCAAAGUCUUCAAGCCACCCAGCGAAUGGGCCCUUUGCCGCAUUUGAAACCCAGCAUGUUAGUGACAGAAAGACAGGCAGAGGCUCAAAGAUGGGGGGGAUUUGUAUCCUAUGAAUGGGGCAACCACCAUCUAAUCCCAGUAUGGCAUGGGCUGCCCAGCGUUUCCAGAUUUCCAGUGAAGCAGACCUCUUGCGCUGCGGGUGAGAAAUCUGGGUGGGAGGGUGCAGCGUGUGAAUGUGACUGGAGGCUAUUUAUCAUGGAGGAGGGGGUAAAUUUUUGGUGGCUUCAGCUGUAGAUUAUAUGAUAGAACAUUCCUACAUUUACUAAAAGGAACAAAAAAAAAUCCCUGCCCUAGAAAACUGGCAUGUUGGUGGGAAACAUUCUAGCCUAGCCUUCUCCCUGACAUGCUAGCUUUCUGUGUGCAGGGAUUUCCCCCCUCAUCCUUUCUUAUUGUCUGAAGUCAUGUACCCCAGACCAUAAGCUUACCACCUCAAAACUAGGCCUUAAACCACAUAGAUGACUCUAAGCUUUUCUGCAUUCAGCCUCCCUUUCCCCUGAAUGGGAGUUCCCCAGCAAGAUGGGAGAUUGACAACCCAGGGGGCUCGAAUGGGGGCUGUCCAGGCCUUCAAAGCACCAUCCUCAGAGCCAUCCCCUUUCCCUUGGUGACAUCGGUAAGCGUGCUGUUUCUUCACUUUAAUCAGCAUUUCCUACAUAUUUUAAACAAACGCACUUCAAUGUUAAGUUGUUGACUGUUAUUCUGUUGGAGUUUUUUUAAAGACCAUCUCUCUUUACGGGUAGACAAGGGGGAAGAGUGUGUUUUUGUACACCCCGAGCUUGAUGUUUUAACAGGUACUUUCUAUGAUGACAUUUGCAGUGUGUCCAUUUAACUUGCCUUAAAAGGUGGAGAGAGAAUAAUCUAGUAUUUGCACUUAGCAAAAAAUUUAAAAAGUAAUUUAAAAAGAGAGAGAACAAACCCUAUCAUGGGAAAUUGUGCAUGUUCUGAAAAUGAAUAAACUGUUUAUUAAAAAAAAACAAAAACAGGAAAAAAGAAUAUUUUUCUUUACCUUCUGGUAGGAAACUGUUCUAAUAUUCUGUGUGUAAAAAAGUCCUUGUAUUAUAUUGUAAUUUGAACUUUUUUUGUAAUUAAAAACACC